CCGGAGCAGAAGCUCCUCUAUCUUUAGCACCACCUCGGACUAAUCCGUGUUCAGACGAACUGUGUUUGUCCUGUGAACGGACGCUGCCUCCGCUGCUACCUGUCCGGCUUAACCCUGCUCCUUUGCUCUCACAUAAACUAAAAACAAAAACUCAAAACAAACUAAAGCGAUGCUGGACUGACAACAACUACCUCCGUCACACCGAGGAUGCUGCUGCUCUCCAGCCCGCGGAGCGAACACCUGCGCGGGGCCUCGCUGCUGCCGCUCACCGCGCUGCUGCUCGGCGUCGUCUCCGUCAGCGUCGCUCUCCCAGCUUCCCCAAAAUGUCCUCACCAUAUCAACUGUGCCAGAGAGGGACGCCACUUCUGUCAGUCUGGCUCCUCCCACUGUGGCCCCUGUCUCGACCCGUUGCAGGAGAAUGAGGAAGGACGUUGUGUGAAGAGGAGAAAGCACCAGCAGCGUGGGUCGCUCUACCCUGAUCUGGACGAGGAGAUCGAUUACCUUCAGUCUAUCCUCGAAAAACAGGCAUUGACCGAGACGAAGCCCCCCAAAAAGAAAAACAAACAUCCUGGUGCCGUAACCGCUCUGAAACUGCAUGCCGUCACUGAAGCGCCCAACAACUCUAAAGUGUCCGCUGUACCUCACACGCCGGCUCCAGAGCCCAGAGCCACCCAAGCUGAUCACCGAGGUGGUCCAAUAAUCCACCCACCGUCCAUGAACGACAGACUUUUUAUCCUCGUAAUCUCGCUGUGUGUGGCAGUGGGCACUGUGGCAGUGAUCCUGGCAAUCGCUUGUUACAUUAAGUUGCAGAAGGACUCACACCUGGCUCAGAAGGUGGACUACCCUGCUUUCAGUCGGUCGGGCAUGCCGGCUGCUGCAGGCAACGGUCCAUCGCCUCAGACGGGAGAUAAGACCCUGGCCCAAAACGCUCAAAUGUAUCACUAUCAACAUCAGAAGCAACAGAUGCUCUCCAUGGGAAACAGUCACAAACCUGAGCAGAAAUCCGCCGACAGUGAGGUCACCUCAGAUGAGGAAGAAGUUGGAGGAGACUUCACAGUGUAUGAGUGUCCUGGACUGGCACCAACUGGAGAGAUGGAAGUGAAGAACCCUCUGUUUGAUGACUCAACUUUACAAUAUCAGGGGAACCACAAGUGAACGCUGUUUCAACACACACACAAAUCUAUUUAUCACAUCUAUCAUAUACACAAAACUGGUGCAGACAUAAGACACCACUUCAUCAAGGCAGAGGAAGGGCUUUUUAAAUUGAUUCUUGUCUUGUGUAGAUUUUUUUUUUGUUUGUCUUUAAAUACUACAAAGACACAUUAUGAAGGAUUUCUUUUUAAUUCCUGUCUUUGGGAGGCAUUCCCAUCUUUUUAGUUCCGCUUUCCAGAGUCGUCCUGUUUUCCUCCUCAUGUAUCUUCUUACCUUGAUCUCGGUGGAUAACCGGAAUAUACACAUUUAGAUCGGCGUCGAAACUUUCCUACGUUUUAAAAAACCAUAACCCCGCGCAACGCAUUGAAAAUGUAAGUGGUGGUGUUGCUGAUUUAAAAUGUCUUGCCAUAUAAGCUGCUCAAAAAAGAUUUUUAUGGUGAUCGAAAAUAAAUUAA